CUGCUGGGGACAAGCAAGCGAUCAAGGACCCGCCCAGGCCACUCUUAUAGGCGAGCGCGGGGCGGGCCCGGCCGGGGGCGGUGCCGCGCAAACAGCUCCUAUAAGGAGCUGUCCGCCACCCUGGUGCUGAAUCUAGCUCUAGCACCGGAAAGAGGUGCUUUUGGCUGUUGAUGGAGCUCCGAGCCAGGAACUGCCCUCGAGUUUGGGUUUGAACCUUUAAGGAAGGGGAUCCGGAGGAAGAAGAGGCACACGAAGAAGGCAAGCACAGAAAGGGACUGUUGCAGGAACUGCAAACCUCGGUAGCAGCUCGCAGCUCCGAGGAAGCCCUGACAAGGUUUCUGUAGAGUGUCUGAGAAGCAGGAUGGAGUGAAGGAGAACAGUGUCUGUUCAAGGGGGGUGGGAGGGGGUCCGGCCGAGCGGAGAGCGGAGGAGAGAAAUCGUAGAGAUAGAAAGAAAAAGAGAGAAAAGCCAAGGCUGGUGCCUGCGAAUUUGUGAUUCGAUUGGAAGAUCGUUCACUCGGGGAAAUGGAUUCUGUACCAAGACUGACCAGCAUUUUGACUUUGAUCCUCUCCGGCUUGUGGCGUUUAGGAUUAACAGCUACAAACUACAACUGUGAUGACCCAUUGGCCUCCUUCCUCUCUCCAAAGGCUUUCUCCAGCUCCUCAAAUCUCACUGGAAGUUCCAGCCAGGCUCAACUCAACUGGAGAAUGGGAACUGGUGGUUGGUCCCCAGCAGAUUCCAAUGCCCAACAGUGGCUCCAGAUGGACCUGGGCAACAGAGUGGAGAUUACAGCAGUGGCCACGCAGGGAAGAUACGGGAGCUCAGACUGGGUGACAAGCUAUCGCCUGAUGUUCAGCGACACAGGGCACAACUGGCAACAGUACAAGCAAGAAGACAGCAUCUGGACAUUUGUAGGAAACAUGAAUGCUGACAGUGUGGUGCACCACAAGCUGCUAUACUCUGUGAGAACUCGCUUUGUUCGCUUUGUGCCCUUGGAGUGGAAUCCAAGUGGGAAGAUUGGAAUGAGAGUGGAGGUCUAUGGAUGCUCCUACAAAUCAGAUGUUGCUGACUUUGAUGGCAGGAGCUCCCUUUUGUACAGGUUCAAUCAGAAGAUGAUGAGUACCCUCAAGGAUGUUAUCUCUCUGAAGUUCAAGAGCAUGCAAGGAGAUGGGGUUCUGUUCCAUGGAGAAGGACAACGUGGAGACUAUAUCACCCUGGAGCUCCAGAAGGGCAGGCUAGCCCUGUACCUGAACCUGGAUGACAGCAAAGCCAGACUCAGCAGCAUCGCGCCUUCUGCCAUCCUGGGUAGCCUUCUGGAUGACCAGCACUGGCACUCAGUUCUCCUGGAGCGGGUGGGCAAGCAAGCAAACUUUACUGUGGACACGAACACACAACACUUCCGAACUAAGGGUGAGACAGAUGUCCUGGACAUUGACUAUGAGCUCAGUUUUGGAGGAAUUCCAGUGCCAAGCAAACCUGGGACAUUUUUAAAGAAAAACUUCCAUGGCUGUAUGGAAAACCUUUACUACAAUGGAGUAAACAUAAUUGACUUGGCUAAAAGACGCAAGCAUCAGAUCUACACUGUGGGCAAUGUCACUUUUUCCUGCUCAGAACCACAAAUAGUCCCCAUCACAUUUGUCAACUCCAGAAGCAGUUAUUUGCUGCUGCCCGGCACCCCCCAGAUUGAUGGACUGUCAGUGAGUUUCCAGUUUCGAACAUGGAACAGGGAUGGUCUGCUUCUGUCCACAGAGCUGUCUGAAGGCUCAGGGACCCUGAUGCUCAUGCUGGAGGGUGGGACUCUGAGGCUCCUGAUUAAGAAAGUGGCAGGACAAGGAAUUGAAAUCCUUACAGGCAGUGACUUGAAUGAUGGCCUGUGGCAUUCUGUCAGCAUCAAUGCCAGGAGAAACCGUGUCACUCUCACCCUGGAUAAUGAUGCUGCUUCCCCGGCUCAGGACACCUCCCGGCUGCAAAUUUAUUCUGGAAAUAGUUACUACUUUGGAGGGUGCCCUGACAAUCUCACCGAUUCCCAAUGCUUAAAUCCCAUUAAGGCUUUCCAAGGCUGCAUGAGGCUCAUCUUUAUUGAUAACCAGCCCAAGGACCUCAUUUCAGUUCAGCAAGGUUCCCUGGGGAAUUUUAGUGAUUUACACAUUGAUCUGUGUAGCAUCAAAGACAGGUGUUUGCCAAACUACUGUGAGCAUGGAGGACACUGUGCCCAGUCCUGGACCACCUUCGACUGUAACUGCAGUGAUACUGGUUACACAGGCGCUACCUGUCAUGACUCCAUCUAUGAGCAAUCCUGUGAAGUGUACCGAUACGGAGGGAACAAGGCUGGCUUCUUCUAUGUGGACUCUGAUGGCAGCGGGCCACUGGGACCUCUCCAGGUGUACUGCAAUAUCACUGAGGACAAGAUCUGGAUGAUGGUUCAGCACAACAACACCGAACUGACUCAAGUACAGGGUUCCAACUCUGAGAAGCCCUAUACUAGGACAUUAAACUAUGGUGGCAGUAUGGAGCAGCUGGAGGCUCUGAUUGAUGGCUCAGAGCACUGUGAACAGGAAGUGGCAUAUCACUGCAGGAGAUCUCGCCUGCUUAACACACCAGAUGGAGCCCCAUUCACCUGGUGGAUUGGGAGGUCCAAUGAAAAGCAUCCUUACUGGGGAGGUUCUGUUCCUGGGGUCCAGCAGUGUGGAUGUGGUCUAGAGGAGAGCUGCCUGGACAUUCGACACUUCUGCAAUUGUGACGCAGACACAGAGGAAUGGACAAAGGAUACUGGUUUUCUUUCCUUCAAAGAUCACCUACCUGUAACUCAGAUAAUUAUCACUGAUACCAACAGAUCAAACUCAGAAGCUGCUUGGAAAAUUGGCCCCUUGCGUUGCUAUGGUGACCGACACUACUGGAAUGCCGUCUCAUUUUCUACCGAAGCUUCUUACCUCCACUUUCCUACCUUCCAUGCGGAAGUCAGCGCUGACAUUUCCUUCUUUUUUAAAACCACUGCAUUAUCUGGAGUCUUCCUAGAGAACCUUGGCAUUAAAGACUUCAUCCGACUUGAAAUGAGCUCUCCUUCUGAGGUUACCUUUGCCAUUGAUGUUGGGAAUGGCCCUGUUGAGCUCCUGGUCCAGUCUCCUUCUCCUCUGAAUGAUAACCAAUGGCAUUAUAUCCGGGCUGAGAGAAACCUCAAGGAGACCUCCCUGCAGGUGGACAGCCUUCCACGGAGCACAAGGGAGACCUCAGAGGAAGGCCAUUUCCGACUUCAGCUGAAUAGCCAGUUGUUUGUAGGAGGGACAUCAUCAAGACAGAAAGGGUUUCUUGGAUGCAUCCGCUCUUUACACUUGAAUGGGCAGAAAGUGGACCUGGAAGAGAGGGCAAAGGUCACAUCUGGAGUCAGACCUGGCUGCCCAGGUCACUGCAGCAGCUAUGGAAGCAACUGCCACAAUGGGGGCAAAUGUGUAGAAAAGCACAGUGGCUACUCUUGUGACUGUACCAACUCGCCAUACGAAGGGCCUUUCUGCCAGAAAGAGAUUUCAGCUCUUUUUGAUUCUGGCAGCUCAGUUACAUACAUGUUUCAAGAACCAUACCCAGUGACGAAGAAUACAAGCCUUUCGUCAUCAGCUAUCUACACAGAUACAGCUCCAUCCAAGGAAACCAUCACACUGAGCUUUGUGACAGCACAUGCCCCCAGCCUCUUGGUCUUUCUCAAUUCCUCUUCUCAGGAUUUUCUAGCUAUCCUGCUCUGCAAGAAUGGAAGUUUACAAGUUCGCUAUCGGCUAAGCAAGGAAGAAAGUCAUGUGUUCACCAUCAGCACAGAGAACUUGGCCAACAGAAGGGUGCAUCAGGUGAAGAUUAGCCGAGAGGGGCCAGAGCUUUCCAUUCAGGUGGACCAGCAACUCUUCAGCUAUAACUUCUCCCCAGAAGUCGAGUUCAGGACGGCAAGGUCACUCAUCUUAGGCAAAGUAACAGAAACUCUUGGGUUGGAUCCAGAAGUUGCUAGAGCAAACACCUUGGGUUUUGUUGGAUGCCUUUCUUCAGUUCAAUACAACCACAUAGCACCAUUGAAAGCAGCCCUCCGCCAUGCCAACAUUGCACCUGUGACUGUCCAGGGUACCUUGACAGAAUCCAACUGUGGCUCCAUCGUGGACUCUGAUAUGAAUGCAGUGACCACUGUGCAUUCUUCAUCAGAUCCCUUUGGAAAGACAGAUGAACGCGAACCACUCUCAAACGCAGUCCGAAGUGACUCUGCCAUCAUUGGAGGUGUCAUAGCAGUGGUGACAUUUAUCACCUUUUGUGUCAUCGGCAUCAUGACCCGCUUCCUCUAUCAACAUAAGCAGUCACGCCGUACCAAUCAGAUGAAGGAGAAGGAAUACCCAGAGAACUUAGACAGUUCCUUUAGAAAUGACAUUGACUUGCAAAACACAGCCAGCGAGUGCAAACGAGAAUAUUUCAUCUGAGAUGCCACAGGGUCACUUGGUCCUCUUUUUUGCGGGGUUUUCUCUCUCUUUUUCUCUUAUCUUUACUGUCUUUUAAUUUAGGUAUUCUCUUUCUCUCUUUCACUCUUAAUUUUUCAGAACACACCUGCAUCCACCAAGAGCAUUGAUCUCCCCAAGCUCAGCAGGUCAGGUAGAGCUGUGGCUACUGUAAUCCACUGACACAUGCAUUGUUGUGAAACUGACCACUGGAGACACAGACUUCACUAUUGUAAACAAGGAAAAGAUAUGAGUGCACACAUGCACAUUUAAUGUUUGUAGUUGAGUUUUAAACUUCACUCUUUAGUUUCUCAGGCACUUGGUCUUGCCAGCUUCCAUUAGACUUGAGUUCUGUGGCACUGGCCUUCAAUAAUUAUUGCUGACACCCUGCCCCAUACCAUAUUGUUAGGUAUUAUGGCUUGAGAGGAGAAAAGGGGUGGUUGAGUGUGAUAGAAAAGGACAGAGUCAGAUCAUCCUUUAAGCAAAGAGUCUAUUGGGGAGCCUGCUACAGCAGAAGAGUUUGAAGGAAAGUAUUCCAAUUAGAGACAGCAAUGUUUGUUCUUUUAUGUCCCUUGUGAUAGGAUAGGGAUAUUGGGUCACAUUAUACCACAAAGAAAUGCUUCUAAAGCAGACAUCAUCUAGACAGGCUUAGAGACAAUUUUUGUUUGUUUUAUUUUGUUUCUUAAAUUUAUUUUCUAUUUUAUUUAUUUAUUUAUUUGUGUUUUGUUUUGUGACCUAAGUAGGUAUUUGUUAAGCUUCCAGGACAUUAUUUCCUAAGAUACAGAUUAAAGAGAAAUAAGCCUAGUGAGUGUGUCAGGUGUCCUGCCUGUAGCUUUCUCCAUUUAGGAGUUAAGUAUCUGCAUGAGUGCAUGGGGAAACUUGGUUCCCUUGAGAGCUGAGGGCAGAGAGGCUACAGAUCUGCAUGCCAUGGGAGCCCUUCAUAACACCUGUGAGAACAGACACUUAUGUGUGGACCUAGGUUAAAAGAAGACCUAGCUAAGGGACCCAGGACAGAGGAAGACCCUUCUGGUCUGUUUGAUUUGAUGGCAUUUUACAGGAAACCAGAGGUAUCUGUGUUAUUUUAAUGUGGUUACUAUAAGUAUUCCAGCUCCAUUCAUCUUUGUUUCCAUAGAGUCUCAGUACUUUCCAACAUAGAAUAACUGAGUAGUGAACAGUUACUUUAUGCUUCUCUCACUGUUCUGUCUUGAGGUAUGGAUACAGUACUCUGAACCAAGGAGGCUUCAAGAAAGCUGUGAGGAAGUAGGGCCUCCCUUAACUGCCUUCUACACUUCACUCGAACAUGUUAGCUAGUUUAUUCCUAUGAUUGCUAUAAUGAAGAAAAAUACACACAUGUGUGUAUUGUGGCAGCAAAAACAGAAUCCAAAUGAAAGUCUAAAUUGGUUCCAUGAGAAAUGCUUAGGCCCUCUUAACUCAGCAUGGAGGAAAACUGGAAAAUAAAAUAAAAUAAGAAAGCUGCAAGGAAAAUGAGAAAUACCAAGCAGAUUUAUCCCAUUUAUCUCCAUUCACCCACUCCAGAAAGAUCCAGUAACAAAAGAAUGUGCAUGGAAACAGAAUUCACAUUCUAGAACACAUGUUAUGAAUUCACUGACAACCGAGCUAUUUCACAAGAGGCAAAGCCCUGACUAAUGUGUGUCGUAGUGUGGCCAUCACUAAGUCAAGGGAUUUAGUGGAAGCCCCUAGUUUGUGAAACAAAUCAUAUUGGCAAGUCUGCACCUGUGUACACAAACGUGGCCAUGCACUUGCCUUGCUUGCUUACAUAAGGCAGUGAUGCAUCUCAGGCUUUGGAUUCUUUUGGUAGCAAGGCAAACAGGUAAUUCAAAAAGGCAUCUUGAAUUUGUUCACUCUGGACCACAUUAGAAUGAAGACACAAAAAAGGAAAGGAAACAACCACCCAAACUCUAAAGGUCUUAGGAAAUGAUAGACGUCAGAUCUGUGAAGGAUAAGGCAAGGCAGACCUAAUUUGCAAAGCUGGUAACUUGACAGUGAGUAGGUCAUUCAUCUUCCUAGUAAGUGUCCUACUUCUGGAUGUUCAGCACUGCCCUGGACAGGAAGUUCAUAGUUAAGCACUCACUCACUUCACCCAGGCUCCAAUCUGUAGUCUUUCUACCAUUGCAACGCUACAGACGUAUGCACUGGGUGUGGCAUCACAGUCCACAAUUUUGAGAUGUCGUUCUAAAUACAUGUUCUGUCCUUAAAAUUUUCUAUGAAUUCUUACCCACCCUCUUCUUCUCUUAGGAUAUUGUUAUCCUUUUGCUAGUGAAUUUAUUUUAAAGCAAUUCUAACAGAGAUGCUCUUUUUAAUUUUCUAUCUUUAAUAUGACAAAUGAUCAUCUAAUAAAAUGAGAAAUACUGAAAGCCUAUUUCCCUAUGCCCUUCAUUCCCUGAACUCCAACUUCUACUUUUGAAUUUUCUGGCUCUAUAAAAGGUUGUUUAAAUCACCCUCUCAUUUGGCUGCAUAUUCCUUUGCCACUGGGAAUGAAAUGGAAAUCAUGUUGAUGUUUAGCCCUAAGCACCUCUUGUAGUGAAACAACAGGUAAGGGAAAGAAACUGAAACCCUUAGAAGAAAGCACCAUAUUUUUCUGGCAUGAUAUGAUUGGCUAGAAAUGGAAGUACAAGUCAAAUCAAUGUGUGUAAUUCUCUCGUCUACAAAUAUUUACUUAGAGACAAUCAUGUAGGGAAAUGUGUAAAGUUAGGCUCUACCCUCUGCAUAGUGCACAUUCUAUUGGCUUCACCCCUGUAUGUUCAGGCUUGCAUAUCAGGACACUGGGCAAGUAGACGAAACAGGGGAUGUAUGCAAAGAUGGCUUAUUAUUAUAUGUAGUCUCAGGGCUAAAUCAUAAUUUCUUAAUAACCCCACAACACACACCAGGUGGAAAAUCUAGCAAUCUGUGUCUUCCUAAACUGAGUGCACAGUUAGAAACAAGGCCACACUUCAAUGGUGGGGCAAGAUCUAUUUGAUUUACAAAAUAAUUCAAUUGUACUUUCCACCUUCAAAAAAUUACAACCUAAAACAAGUGUCAGAGUGUUCUAAUUAUCCUUUAUCCAUCACUUAUCUCUAUAGUAUACAAGUUUUGUGAUGUCUCCCAUUAUAUAAUAGUCCAUCGUUGAUGCUGCUUUUCAUAAAAUGAAUUUGUGGAAUAUAGUUCCUUUACAGUAAGAUAAAAAAUACCUGUGCACUAUCCCAUCCUCAGGUGCUGUUCUAUUGAUAUUAGUCCACUAAACAAGUCUAUUAAUGCAAGCAACUGUAUAUUUGUUUACUAUAAAGGACUUUCAGCAACGGUUGUGUCAUUCAGUCCUUGCAUAGGGUAGAUUACUAUGGUUUCACCAAGAACUAGGUUAGGAAAACAGGCAUUUGUCAUCUUCUGGAUGUCUAUUUCAUAAAUAGAUGACCUCGUGUUCUUCUGAAGAACUCUGGAGCUGAUAAUUUUCAACAUUUUUCUUUAUAAAAAGGAAGUGGCACUAUCUUAAUUCUCGACUUUUUUCAGAAUUAUAACUACCACAUAAUAGCAGAAGCAGAACCACAAUAAACGAGUAUACCCUUCUUUUUCUUGUAUUUAGUCAUAAAAUAUGUGAAAAGAUCAUGACUCCAAGUGCUCUGUGGAUAUACAAAUUUUUACAGUCCUUUUGGACUUAGAGUGCAAUACAUAGCAGCAGAUCUUACAGAAACAAAGGUGUCCACACAGCACCAGGGAGCAGAGAGCAAGUAAUAGGCACAGCUAAUGUGCAAACCACUGCCCAGAGAAGUCGAAAAGCCAAUACAUUUUUGAACAAUUCUUAUUAUUUUGUGUCUUAUUUAUUAAUUCUACCAGAAAUGAUUGCUUUGUUUAAUCUUCCUAAAUGAGGUAACCAGCCGUGCAGGUGAAUUUAUGUAGAGGGUGCUAAAUGGACUUUUUGGAAGAGGAAGAAUAAACAGUCCCUGUAUCAGGCACACUUUUUUAAAACAGGGUUUGCUAGGUAGCACAUGGCAGGUCUGGGCUCCCUAUUGUAAUCAUGCUGGUCUAUCACUCACAGAGAAUGACCUAACUCUGCUAAGUUGUGGACCACCAUCUCUGCUUAUAUCAGAUAUAUUUUAAAGGCUGCUAAAUUCUCUAUGCUUUCAUGUCAGUUCCAGUUAAAGUUUUCUAUCUUAAGCUCUUAAAUCUUAAGCUAAUUGGUAUUCUGGCAUUUUUAACUCUCCCAAUUCUGCCCCAAGGAGCCAUUUGACUAUAUCUAGGUAAAUCUCCAUGAACUAGAAAUUAUCUAUUAAGUGAAAUAAAUUUUUGGUAUGUUGUCCAUCUAUAAUCAUGAGUCUUUCCAACCCUGAAGGCCAUGCACACUCACUCUGCAUACAAUAUCUCCUCACUUAGAAGACACAGUAGGAAUUCGCAUUCAUAACUUGCCCAUGGUAUUCAUGUAUUUUAGUAUCAAGCCUGUGAAACUCUUGCUUAUAUUUUGUCUAACAAAUGCUUCCCUUGAGCUAUAUAUCAUCAUACUUAUUGCAACAGCACUUUCACAAGAGGCUCUUGUGAUACCUAUAUUAUCCUGCCACUCAUUACUUCCUGAAGCCAUUUUUUGGGGGUUUGUUUUGUCCUCAACUGCCCCACAAGUCAACUUUCAUCUAAAUAAAUAAAUAAGCAGUGGUGUUUCUGUAAGUGGCAAAGGAGGUUAAUGGAACGGUGUUAUGGGCAAACACAAACAUGCUUGAGUUCUUGAAGGAUGCCUGAGUGCUGUUUCAUGUCUCUCAUGCAGAUGGGAAAUGUUUUCUUUAAAAGACUCACAGUGUAUCUUAAUCACUUCUGUACCAGCUUGGGAUUAUUUUAGCCUCUCCUGGACUUGCCUACAGUCUUCCUCAAGUCAUUUGUGUUGAAAAUGUUAGUUGUUCAGUCUCAGCUCAGUUUUCACAAAAUCUAAAUAGCUGAUUAAUUAAAAAGGGACAAGACAACACACGCACACACAUACACACACACACCAAUCAAAACAAAUAGGGAUGUUUCUCAAACAUUAUCCUGGAAACUAUAUCCAUACUUACUUUUUUUUUAAUUUUUAUUUUUCAGUUUAAAUUUAGAUAAGAAACAAGGUCGCUUCACAAGUCAGUUCCAGGUCCCUCUCCCUUUCCCUCCCCUCCUCCCGUGCCCUCCCCCCAGUCCCCCCAUUAUCCCCUCAUUUCUCCAGGGAGGGUGAGGCCCUCCAUGGGGGUGUCCAUAGCCUGUCAUUUCAUAUAGGGCAGGGGCAUACUUACUUUUUUAGGGAGAGAAUAUCACAACUUUGUGUUGGAAGUUCUUUAAAUGUUUCCUACAAGGUUCUAAUGAUUUUUUAAUAUUUUUUGGGGUUCCCCUUUUGUUUUCCAUUAAAGUACUCUGGGGGGAAAGUAAGAAGCACAUGUUGUCAAGAAAGAGUGUACUUUGUAAGCUAGUCCUAUGUCAUGUGUAAUGUUUAUUGUCCAAAAAGUGGUUAAGAGGACACAAGCAAGAUUUAGGUAAUGGUGGGCUUUUUGCUAAAGCAGAUAUGAUGGAAACUUGUCAAUGAGAAAGAGGGUAUUCAUGGAGCAAACAAUGGCUUCUGGAGGUUAAAAUGGCCAAAAGUUCCUCUUCCCACUUUCCUGACUCCUAACUCAGGAGGUAUCUUUCACACAUUUGUCUUUUGCCGUAGGGAAUAGACGAUGUUACAGGCCCUGCAUGAGAAAGUUUUACUCAUCUUUACAUGGCAUUUUCACCCUACCCCAGUGAUUUUCAAGUUUGAUGUUUCAGAAAUAUAAUCCAGGGAUACUUUGGAAUUAUAACCACAGUGUUUUAAUCUGCCGAGGGUGAGCAUUCAGAUGGCAGCUUUAAGUAAAAUAAACUAUGGUCAAUAUCCUCAGGUCCACUGUCCCUAAUCAGAUACCCUACGGAUGGAAAUUCUGAAAUACUGGAAUAAGUCUAGUGGCCUUUCUUUCCCCUUCCUUGGUAAUGCCAUACAUUGUCAUGCCAAAAUUAUAGAUGCUGUCUAUCACCUACAGUAUAUACUUCCAAGAGACACUGCCUGAUAUUCUAUGAACACCCUUUCCAUGAUGCCACUCAGUAUACAAGUAAAGCUUGCAUCAAAGGCAGGUUAAAAUGACAAAGCUGGUCCCAAGUUAUGAAAAAGAUGAUGUGUAUCAGUGAUUAAAGCCUUGUCAUAUUUUCUUUAGCAUUAUACAAUGCCAUGCUUCAGAUUCCAGCAGUAAAUCUCAGAGGACAUGAAAAAGGCACUGGGUAUGCAGAACAGGCCUCCUGUCACCCUGAAGCCUCCUUGAAUGGCCUGACCAGGUGAAGCCAUUUUCUUUGCAACCUUACAGGAUGAUCUGAACGGACCUCUGACUAGUUACAUUUUCACAUUAUAGUCAGCCAUAUCCCAAAGGACAUACGUGAAGUAACUUAAUCUCACCUCUCUGAAUGGCAGCAGCAACUAGUAUAACCUUGUCCUGCCUUAAGUAAAUAACUCUAUCAAAAAUAAAGUAAGCAUACCUUACUUAAAGUAGUAUAGUUAUAUCAUGAGAAGGACUUCAUAGUUAGUGAGGGUCAGUGUCAAAAAUUUUCUACUGAAGUUGCCAAUAGACAGGCUCCCCAACAGCCUAUGUCAUUUUAAACAGACCCUUCCCACAGCCAGCUAGCCAAUGGCAGGAAGAUAGAACACAGUGGAAUGAAACACAUGACAAGUUCUAAUUAUAUCUUAUAAAGUGGGCAACACUUCUCAUUUGGAUAAUGAAAUUCCUAAAUCCCUGAGACAAAGAAUUACCUUUUCCAUUUCAACUGAGAAAUUAGAGUCUUUGUGGCACUUUCUUUGGAAAAAUGAGUGGUCAGGGAGAUUGCCUUUAGCAAAUAAUUAAAGUAUAAAAGUACCUCUCACAAUUAUAGAUUAUAAGUGAAUACAUAUUCAUAUAUAUCAUUCAUAUAAUUACCUUUCUUUGAUAAAAGCACAACAGAGGCAAAGCAGACCAUACCCUUGGGGAUUAGCUGGAGACACCUUGUUUCUUUGGCUCUUGUAGGUUUUUUUCCUGUAUCAGAAUUCCUAGUCCCAUGUGAUGUUGCCCCAUCCCAAGUCUGUUUUGUAUACCAUGUAACAUGUCUUAAUACACUGUAUGGAAAAAGUUAGUUAGCCUUAGAUUUCUUUGUUUUCUAUGGUUUUUUCUGUACAGAAGAAAGACUUACCUGUAAAUACUGUAUAUUUAAUAAAGAAAGAAUUUUGUAUCA